AUGAGAAAUAACCAGACCCAGUUCACACAGUCAUCACGGAAGGGCAUCUCAGGCUUCUCUCAUUCUGAAGAUCUACCUGCGUUUAUUAUACAAAACACCUUUUAUCCCCCAGCCAUCCCGCACCUAAGGCAGGAAGAUGGUGGCCACAAAGAAGACGAAAAGUCUCUGGAGUCGAUCAACUCUUGGCUCCAGCUUGUUAUGAAAAGUGUGAAGUACGUGCUGGGAUACAAACAGACUCUGAAGAUGAUCAGACAGGGCAAAGCGAAAUUGGUGAUCCUCGCCAACAACUGCCCCGCCUUGAGGAAAUCUGAAAUAGAAUACUAUGCCAUGUUGGCUAAAACUGGUGUCCAUCACUACAGUGGCAAUAACAUUGAGUUGGGCACAGCGUGUGGAAAAUAUGACAGAGUAUGCACACUGGCCAUCAUUGACCCAGGUGAUUCUGACAUUAUUAGAAGCAUACCAGAACAGACUGGUCAAAAGUAA